AUGAAAAAGAAUUAAAACAUCCUUUUCUUUUCUCUUCUUUUCUGCCGUCCUUCCAACCAUGAAAACCAUUACGACAGCUUAGCACAGCAGAGAGGAAAGAAAGCAAGGCAAAAGCAGAGAACUUGCUCUGUGUUUUCUUGUUCAUAGUUUCUUGUUGCUUAAUCUCUUCGGUUUGAUCUCUAAUUCUCAAGUCAGGGAUAGAGGUUAGAGUGCGAUAGAGAGAAAUGGCUGUUGAUACAAAGGAGAUUGGAAUUUAUGUUAGGAAAGGUCUUAUCUUUUCAAUCAGAACCUGUUAUCGAUCAAUGCGUGAACAUCCAGUUGUUUGGGGUGUGGGGUUUUUCUUCCUUUUUCUGUACAGAUGUUUUCCUUUUCUGUUUGGCUUUUUGCUGUCUUCUUCUCCUGUUCUUAUAUGCACCGCUGUUCUUCUUGGAACUCUGUUGAGUUUUGGGAAUCCACAUAUCCCUGAAGUUGAGAGAGAGGAGAAGACAACCCAUGGAAUCGCGUCUCUGAAAACUGGUGUUUUCAAAAAUGACGUUGUUGUUAAGAAAGAUGAAAUCUUUUCAGUAGAGGCUCGCGUGGAGAAGAAAGAUAAUGAUGACGAGAAGGCAGUUGAAGAGGCAUCUCCAGUGGGCGAAGGAAGGGACUGUAAGGUUGAGAAAGAGGUGCUUUCCUCUUCAAGUUCAACACAUGGUGAAGGUUUGAUGGGUAGUAUCGAUGUGCCUGGGGAAGAACCAAAAGGGACUCUUGGUGGGAAGCAAGUGGUAGAAGAAAAGGAGAGAGAAUUCUGUAGUUCGAAAGUUGUAGAAAAGAGAGAAUUCCAGGAGGAGAGUGUAUCCAGAGCUUGUGAAGAUGUUGAAGGUCAAUUUUCUGAAAAUCAGAAGGAUGCUGAAAGUCUUAAAGAGGAAAUUGAACAACAGGCAGGUAAAUUGCCUGAUAUACAGUUGGAAGAUCAUGCAGAUACUUCUCAAAAUUUCUCUUGGAAGCUGGAAGAAGAGCAUGCUGAGUCUGAUUCUGAGUCUGAUCAUGCAGAGAGUUCCUCUCCAGAUGCUUCAAUGGCUGACAUCAUUCCAAUGCUUGAUGAGCUCCAUCCACUCUUAGAAUUAGAAGCUUCUCUGCAAGUGCAGGACUCUGAUGCUGCCUCAGAACACUCUCAUGGAUCUGACGAUGGUAGUGCUGAAUUAGAAGAGGAAACUGAAAACCAGGAGGAAGAAGAAGAUGAAGACGAUGAAGAAGUACAGGGGGAGCAAGAGAUUUCUGCUAAAUCUGUAGUCAUGUGGACGGAGGAUGACCAAAAAAAUCUCAUAGAUCUUGGAACUUCUGAGUUGGAAAGAAACCAACGGUUGGAGAACCUACUUGCCAAGCGAAGUGCAAGGAAAGCCUUGAGAAUGGAGGCUGAGAAAAAUUUGAUAGAUUUGGAUAGUAAUGACCCUCCAUUUUAUGUUGCACCAAUUUUGACAACAAGGAACAACCCUUUUGAUCUUCCCUAUGAUUCUAAUGAGAGCAUGGGGUUACCAGCCAUUCCUGGAUCUGCUCCUUCUGUAUUGCUUCCAAGGCGUAACCCUUUUGAUCUUCCCUAUGACUCACUUGAAGAGAAGCCCAAUCUCAUUGGAGAUGAUGUUUUUCAGAAAGAGUUCAUGGCUAUUAACCAGAAGGAUACAUUCUUCCGAAGGCAUGAGAGCUUCAGUUUAGGAGCUUGUGUGGAACACAAGAAAAAGAAGUGUGAUAUUAAGAUGAAGCCAUAUUUUGUAACUGAGCAAAUGGCUUUUGAGGACGAAGAGUAUCCAAUAUUUCAAAGACAAUCAAGAGAUAAGGGUGAUUCUAAGCUUAGUUCUGCCCUAGAAACUGAGUCUCUUUCUUCAGAAGAGGAUCAUGAAGAUCAAAGGAGUAUUGAACAAGACUCAUCCCAAGAAACAGAACAAAUCUUCCAUGUUGAUCAUAUGUCUGAUCAUGUUGAAUGUGAAAGCCACACAUUUGGAGAAGUUGGCUCUAUGGAGAUUGAACAAGAAGAGAAGAGAGAUGUUCAUAUUAGUAAUAUUGAGGUGGAGGAAGUUGAGGAGAAGGGUCAUGAAACAGAACCAAUCUUGCCUGUGAUAGAAAGCAUAACUUCUCCUACGACACCUGAUAAAAUUGAAGAAGAGGAGAGAGAUGUUCAUGUUAGUAACAAUGAGGUGAAGGUGGCAGAUGAGGAGAAUUGUCAUGAAACAGAACCAAUCUUGCCUGUCACAGAAAGCAUAACUUCUCCUAUGACACCUGAUAAAAUUGAAGAAGAGAAGAGAGAUGUUCAUGUUAGUAACUUUGAGGUGAAGGUGGCUGAUGAGGAGAAUGGUCAUGAAACAGAACCAAUCUUCCCUGUGACAGGAAGCAGGACUUCUCCUAUGACACCUGAUAAAAUUGAAGAAGAGAAGAGAGAUGUUCAUAUUAGUAACAACGAGGUGAAGGUGACAGAUGAGGAGAAUUGUCAUGAAACAGAACCAAUCUUGCCUGUGACAGAAAGCAAAACUUCACCUAUGACACCUGAUAAAAUUGAAGAAGAGGAGAGAGAUGUUCAUCUUAGUAAUGAUGAGGUGAAGGUGGCAGAUGAGGAGAAUGGUCAUGAAACAGAACCAAUCUUGCCUGUGACAGGAAGCAUAACUUCUCCAAUGACACCUGAUAAAAUUGAAGAAGAGAAGAGAGAUGUUCAUAUUAAUAACAAUGAGGUGAAGGUGGCAGAUGAGGAGAAUUGUCAUGAAACAGAGCCAAUCUUGCCUGUGACAGAAAGCAUCACUUCACCUAUGACACCUGAUAAAAUUGAAGAAGAGGAGAGAGAUGUUCAUCUUAGUAAUGAUGAGAUGGUGGCAGAUGAGGAGAAUGGUCAUGCAACAGAACCAAUCUUGCCUGUGACAGAAAGCAUAACUUCUUCAAUGACACCUGAUAAAAUUGAAGAAGAGAAGAGAGAUGUUCAUGUUAGUAACAAUGAGGUGAAGGUGGCAGAUGAGGAGAAUUGUCAUGAAACAGAACCAAUCUUGCCUGUGACAGAAAGCAUAACUUCACCUAUGACACCUGAUAAAAUUGAAGAAGAGGAGAGAGAUGUUCAUGUUAUUAACAAUGAGGUGAAGGUGGCAGAUGAGGAGAAUUGUCAUGAAACACCAAUCUUGCCUGUGACCGAAAGCAUAACUUCUCCUAUGACACCUGAUAAAAUUGAAAUUCAUGUUAAACCAGAAAUAGUUGAAGAUGACAGUGGAGCAAGCUUCUCAUCAUUAUCAGAAAUGGAUGCAAAGAAAUUCCAUCUGAACACUGAUGAAGAAUCAGGAAAUCUAAAAUCGACAAUUAGUGAUCAAACUCAGAGUCCUGGUGGUUCCAUGCAGUCAUCACUUACUGAAGAAAAAAUCUAUUUUAGGACCCAGGCUGCAGAGGGUUUGCAUGAAAAUCAAACCAAGGAGCCCGUUUAUGAUUCUAGUCCAGGAGAAAUUGAGAAGAACCUCUCUAACAUUACAUCUAUUGAAGAAGGCUGCAUUUGUGUGGAUAAGGGGGUCCCGGUAUCUUCCUCUUCCAUAUCUUCUGACAAGCAAGCAGAGAUAUCUGAAGUUGGUUCACCUCAUAUGUCAAUUGAAAGAGCAGAUGGGGAACAAGAAUUUCACAAUGGAAGUAUAAGAGAGGAAAUGGCUCCUGCAAUUGGAUUACAGGCAACCUCACUGGAUCUCUGUGCAGUAGAUGAACAUGAUUUGGAAACUAGAGAAGUUACAGAGGUCAGUGAGCAUGGCGUUAUAGAAGUCGGAUUUUCUGGAGCUAACCAGAACUCUGAUACCCCCAAUGUACCUGUUGUGCCAGAGUUGGUGGUUGAGAAAGUCUCCGUUGUCUCAACAUCAUCAGAUAAUUCGGAGUUGAUAGUGAAUGAUCCAGUGCAGGAGGACUUAAAUCCUCACUUUGAACAAGAUCAUGCCUCUUCAUCAAGUCUUGAUCCAGAGAUCCAUGUUGGCACCCAUCAGUAUGAUUCCAAUCAGAAGAUGGACACUGUUGAUUCCAGUUUUUCAGCUGUUGAAAAUUCAGCUUCACAUGAAUUGGAGGAAGUACUGCCUUUGAUUGAAAAAUUGAAACCUGUGCCAUAUUCUGUUGGAGAUCAUGAAGAAACUCAGGGGCCAUCUACUCUUGUGUUGAAUUCACUUGGUGAAGCCAAUACUAUUAAUGCAAGGGAACUAGUAGCACAAGAUCCUGAUAACAAGGAUUUAUCAAAUCUUUCUCCCUUAAUUCCUCUUCCUGUCUUUGUUAGAUCUGGGGUUUCUGAGAACAAGUCUACUGAAGAUUUGAUGGAUGGGCUAGAUGAAAUUGACAAGAACAAUAGUCAGUUUGAGCACUUGGAUGAUGCAGGUGAAGCAGUUUAUCCACAUCCCACCAAAGAAUUCAGUGAAAAUGCAGAUGAAAUAAAAGAGAUCGAUGAAGAGUUGUUGUUGGAAUUGGACAAAGUUGGUGACUUCAGUUUCAAAGAAUUUGAAUCAACCAGAAACAAGAUUGAAGAGCAAUCCAAUCUGGAGGUCCAUGAGAGCAUUUCUACAAUGCAGGUUUCUGAAGGCAAUCUUGAAGAUUCUGUAACUUUGGUCAAAUGCAGAUCUGAUGCAGACCAAUCAACAAAAUCUGGUGAUAGCCCUGGAGUUCCUGAAGAGAGCCAUAGACAUUUUGAUGUAAAUAGUACUUCAGAGGUGCAAGUUCUUGAAGAAAGUUCCAUGGAUGAUAUUGAUUCUGUAAUUAAGCAACCUGAAGGAGAAGAUGUUGAAGAGAGUAUUGUUCUUGAACCACUCAAAUAUGAGCAGUUGCCAAAGGAAAGUGAAGUUGGUUUUGAUGAGUUAAAGCUCAUAAACCAGGAUCUAAUACCGAUUAAUAAUAGUUCACAGCUGCCAGUUGAAGAAGCAGGAUCAGUUGAAGAUUAUGAUUCUACCUUUAAGCAACUCCAUGAAGUUCAGCAAACAACUGUUACUGUGUCUCUCAAUGAUAAGCCAGUAAAAGAGGAAAAUGAAGUUAGAUAUACUGAAGCAUUCCAUGAUAAGUUACUAAAGGAAUCUGCAGAUGGAUCUAUUGAAUCAGGGAAAUCAGAUGGAGAAUUCAAUGCGACUAUGACUAAUUUUGAACUACCUGUUCUUGAGGCAAGAUCUUUUGAAGAUAUUAAAUUGGCCUUUAAGCAGCUCCAUGAGGAAGGAGCAGAUUUUGAAAUACCUGUCCUCCCUGAACCAAAUGACAACAAGCCACAUGUGGUGGAAUUUCAACAUCCUAAUGGGAUUGGUUCAGACAUGCAAAUUGUUGAAGCUAGAUCAUUGGAAGAUAUCCAUUCAACUCUGAAGGUACCAUUGGUGUAUAAUAUGGAGAACCUGAAUUAUUCAGAAGUUGAAGAUGGGUCAGCUGAAGUUGAGGCUCAGGAACUGGAAUCAACUGGAGUGGUUGAUCUGAGAUUCGCUGAAUCAGAAGGAACCAACUUAAGUGCUGAAGGAUCAAAUCAUGGAGUUAAUGAAAAAGUAGACAGCACAAGUUUGAAUGAGUCAGGUGAAAAUUAUAACAAAGAAAGAUCUUAUGAAUCAAGCUCAGGCUCCAACACAAGUGAUUCUUAAUGAGAUGAUAUAAAACAGAAUGGUUUGGAUUUUUUGGUUUCCUUGUUGUUCUUCCCAUGAUGUGGAACUAAUGGGUUUUGGUGCUAUUUUGACCUUCAGUUGUUUUUUGGCUUAUGGUAAUUGUGUUCCUUUUAGGUCUUUUAGAUAUUUUGUUUGAUUGGUUACUAUAACAGGUUUUGUUUGAUCUCAUUAGAGUAGUGAAGAGUGGAACUUUUGGCAUUUUGUCCCAUCUGUUGAGAGUUUGUAGUUGGCUUCCUUGGAGAAAGCUUGUUUUAUCUAUGCAUGUUGUAUAUUAUAUCUGUUGUGGAUAAUUGUGAUUGAAAUUUUGAAUUAUUUGAGCA